AUGAAAUGGAUAAGUAGGUUAGUGGGUACAACAAAAAGAUAUAAUAAUAAUGUAAAAAAGAAUAUUUUUAUUGAAAAUAUAUGUCAGUAUAGCUCAAAAAAUGAAAUAAACAACAAAAAGAAAAAUGAAUACAUUUUAUCAUUAGAUGAAGCAUUAUAUUUGUCUAAAGAAAUGGGUAUUAAGACAACAACAGAAGUACAAAAAAUUAUUAUGAAGUCACCUCCUUUUUCAUCAGAUGCAAGCCCCUUUAUUAUUGAAAACUUUUUAAGUAAUAUAAAAAAAGAUGAUUUAGAUGAAAUAAAAAAAAUCGAUGAAAAAAUUGAAGAUUUGGAAAAAAAAAAAGAUGAAAAAAAAAAGGAAGAUACGUUGAAUAAUUUACACAUAAAUGAACACGAAAAUAAAAAUGAUAAUAUUGUAAAUAAAUUUCUAAUUAAUAACUUUAAUAAAAAAAGGAGCAAAACAUUUUUUCAUGAUAAUAAAGAGUGGUUGGAGGAAUCAGAAGGAAUAGGGACAAAUAAAAGAUCUUGUGCAUAUGUAUAUAUAAAAAGAGGUUCUGGUGUAGUGAAAAUAAAUAAUGAAGAAGAUUUAUAUAUUAGAUGGCCUUAUUUCUAUAAUAGAAUUGAUGUGAUGGAACCAUUUUAUUUAACAAAUACAGCAUGUAUAUACGAUGUAUUUAUAAAAUUAAAAGGGGGUGGAAUAAGUGGACAAUCUAAAGCUGCUAGAUUAGCUAUAGGAAGAGCCUUGCUAAAUGCUUGUCCACUUAUUUAUAAUGAUUUAGUACAAAAUGAUAUUUUAUAUGAAGAUAUGCGACAAAAGUUUCCUAAAAUGCCAGGGAGAAAAAAAUCGAGGUCAAUGAAACAGUGGUCAAAAAGAUGA